AUGGCGGCGCCCGUGCCACGUACAGAGGAGCAAGCAGCGGGGCAAGAUGGCAGCGUACGGAGGGGCGGGGAAAAAUGGCGGCAGGAGGAGAGGCGGGACUACGUCGAGAUGGCGGCGUCGACGGGGCGGGACGGGGAGAGGGGCGGGAUGGGGGCGGAUCGCGCCGCGUCGGGAGGCAACGGAGAGGCCGGGGAACGGCUUAGGAGCAUGGCGGGUGGCGAUCGGCUCCUCCCCAAAGGCUUCCCCAAGCUGAAGAACGACACGUUCCUGCGCGCGGCGCGCGGGGAGCAGACGGAGCACACCCCGGUGUGGUGCAUGCGGCAGGCGGGGCGCUACCUGCCAGAGUUUCGGGAGACACGGGCGUCGCAGGAUUUCUUUGCCACUUGCCGGAGCCCCAAAUUGUGCUGUGAGCUGACGCUGCAGCCACUAAGACGAUUCCCCCUGGAUGCUGCCAUCAUCUUCUCUGACAUCUUGGUGGUGCCCCAGGCACUGGGCAUGGAGAUUGUCAUGGUCCCUGGCAAAGGACCCAUGUUCACAGAGCCCCUGAAGGAGGUGGAGGAUCUGCUGAAACUGCGACAGAAGGUGGAUGUCACGGCAGAGUUAGGUUACGUCUUCCAGGCCAUCACACUGACACGGCACAGCCUGGAGGGCAAGGUGCCACUCAUCGGCUUCUCAGGGGCACCGUGGACGCUCAUGUCCUACAUGAUUGAAGGUGGUGGCUCCACUACAAUGGCCAAGGCCAAGAGCUGGCUAUACCGUCACCCCGAGGCAAGCCACCGUCUGCUACGCCUGCUGGCUGAUGUCAUCAUCGACUACCUGGUGGGGCAGGUGGCUGCUGGAGCGCAGGCGCUCCAGCUGUUUGAGUCCCAUGCAGGGCACCUGGGCCCGGAGCUGUUUCAGGACUUUGCCCUGCCUUACAUCCGGGACAUUGCCCAGGCUGUCAAGAGCAAGCUGAAGGAGGAGGCACUGCCCCUGGUGCCCAUGAUCAUCUUUGCCAAGGAUGCACACUACGCCCUGCGCGACCUGGCCCACGCCGGUUACGAGGUCGUUGGUCUCGACUGGACCAUCCGGCCCCAGGAAGCUCGUGCACAGAUAGGAAAAGAUGUCACCCUGCAAGGGAACCUGGAUCCAUGUGCUCUCUAUGCACCCAAGGAGAAGAUUGGCGAGCUGGUGAAGAAGAUGCUGGAGAGUUUUGGGACCCAACGUUAUAUUGCCAACCUGGGCCACGGCCUCUACCCUGACAUGAACCCUGAACAUGUGGGUGCCUUUGUGGAAGCUGUGCAUGCUCACUCCCGUCAUAUCAACAAGCACAGCUGAGCCUGGGGCCUUGGGGACAGGACUCUGGUUUGGGCACAGUCACCCAUGUUGUCACAGGCUCACUCUAGGCUGGGCUGCAGCAUUAAACCAGGACCUUCUCUGCA